AUGACUAAAAAUAAUCCAGAUGCUGCGAGUAGUGACCAAUGUGCUAGAUGCCGUAAGUUUCCAACUGAGAUAUCCAAAUGUUCAAAAUGUUCAAAAUGUGAUUCCUAUUAUCAUAAUGGUUGUUUGAAACAAUUGAAAAAUAUAAAAUACCUUAAGGACGGAACAAUUAUAUGCUGUUCUGAUAAUGAAACAACUAUUAAAGACUCUGAAUCAGCUUCAAGUCCGAAUGAACAAACGGAAAAUUCUGCCAGCGUUGCAGACAAACUAACGAUAAGAUAUCUUGAGGAAAUUAUGAAACAAAAAGAAAUAAUUAUAAAGCAACAAGAUCAGACAAUCCAAGCGCUAAAAGACCAAAUAAUACUUAUGAAACAAGUGGCGUCUCAAAUUACAAUAUCACCAAAGAUAUCUGCAUCUACCCAUAAGCACACUAUUCCUGUCACGAAUACUAAUAAUUUACAUGUUAAAAAUAGCAAUCAGUUAGUUGAUAAUGGAAAUAAUUCAAUGGAGUCAUAUCAAAUAAGACAGUCGAUGAAUCAACAUCAAAUAACUAGUAAAUCAGUCGCUGGUGCUGUACAUGGUGCAGAAUCUCUUCAGAUAUGUCAGGAUAUAAUUAAUCUUGAGCGCCCUACGCCUAUGACGAGAAGGAGCAUCCUGAUAGGAAAAAACGAAAAUUCUACAAACUUUCCUUUUAAAGCAGCUCGUCGGAAUAUUAGCAAUGAAAAACACUACCAUGUUACCAACCUUGAACCAGAAAUCGACACUACCAAAUUGUCAGACUACUUGAAAAAAUUUGCACCAAAUAUUCAAGUGCAAAAACUAAAUUCGAGACAACCGGAAGUUUAUUCAUCAGUCAAAAUUACGGUACCAUCAGACGAAUCGGACAAAAUUUUGAACAGUGAAGUGUGGCCUAGCUACGUGAUUGACAGUCAAACAAUAAAUUGCUGUGUUGGCACUACUGAAAAUUCGUCGGAUUUAAUGUCUCCAAAUCCAUCUAUAAACCCAGCUAAAAACUCUAUUGAUGAAAUUCGAAUUACAUAUCUUGAGGAAAUCAUCCGGCAAAAAGAUUUAGUGAUCACAAAUCAAGAAAUCGCUAUUAAGUCAUUGCAGUCACAAAUAGAGUUAAUACAAAAUCAGGCAUCAUUCCAUUCCCAAAAUAGUAAAUACUUAAAUGAAUAUACUAGCAUCAAUGUCAACCAAAGUAGAAAUGAUGCUCAGAGCUCAUCUCGUCAAGGACCUAGUUGGCCAGCCAGUAAUCUAAAUUCGAAACACGUUUCAGCUGCCAUACAUGAAGCAAAAACAUCUAGUGUAUGUGCAGACAUUAUAAAUUUAAAUAAAACCAAUCAAUCCAUAAAACCAAAUUUUAGAAGUUACCCAAAACCAAAAAGUUUAUUAGUUGGAUCAAUGCGUAAUGAUGAUCAAAACUUAAAAGCAGCUAAUGUUUCUACCGAUAUUACCUUUUACCAUUCGACAAAUUGGAAUCCGAACACAGUAGCCGAUGAUGUGAGGAAUCAUCUAAAAAAUAUUGAUGAUGAAGUCAAGGUUGAACAAUUGAAAUCUAGACAGCCCCAACUCUAUGCAUCUUUCAAGAUUAUUGUACCCUCUACUUCCGCACAGAAGCUACUAAAUACAGAAAUUUGGCCGGAAGGUGUUUAUUUAAAUGAGUUUUUUCGGUACAGAAGACAGUACCAGGCAAAUCAAGAUACCACGAAUGAACAAUAA